AAUUGAGGUCUUUAGUUGAAGAGUGGCGAAAGUAAAUAAAACAAAUAGGCGGCACAGCAUUUAGAAGAUCUGAGGGAAAAAUAAAAAAUAAAUAAAAAUGGAAAUAUCUGAACCCUCCAUAAGUAUUCUCUUUCUGAGUAAAGUUUUUACCUUGGCUCCAUAUUCGUUGCAAAGGAAUGCCAAGGGGAUUUAUAUUAUCGACAAAAGUGUACCGUUUAUAUUCUAUUCCUCAUCCAUAAUUCUGUUGUUGGUUUUCCUUACCUAUCGCGGAUUGUUAUAUGAUGCCAACUCAAACGUCCCCAUAAGAAUGAAAACGGCAACAUCAAAAAUCGUUACAGCCCUAGAUGUAUCGGUGGUGGUCUUGGCUUCCGUUGCUGGCGUAUUUUGUGGAAUUGUUGGCUUAAAUACAACCCGAGAACUUAAUGGACGUUUACGCAAAGUUGAUGAAACCAUCAAUGGAUUUAAGGAUGUGAAACGAGAACGUACAAAGGCUUUAAUCUUACUAAUAGUUCCGAUGUUAUCUAUAACGAUUUUACUGGGCCUCGAUAUUGGGACAUGGCUUCGGAAGGCAGCCUCCAUGAAAGUUCACGAAGAUGAUGAGACAGACAUUGAACCAAUUUCAGAUAUGAACAUCAAAUGGUACAUACCGUUUUAUAGUUUGUAUUUGGUACUCACCGUUCUGCAUAUAUCUUUUGCCAAUACUACCUUUGGGCUGUGGAAACGUUUUAAAGGUCUGAAUAGAUUGUUGAGGACCUCAUUUUUGCCGCAUGUUCGUGUUAAGGAACCACAAAUGACGAAAAAUCCAAAAAUUACCACCGUCAAAGCGAAUUCUACAGUGAGCAGUUCCUCGUCGCUGGCUUCGGAAAGUUAUCAACAAAAUGGUAAAACCAAAUCGUUGCUUUUAAAACUGAUGGCCGAGACUCAUGAAUCCUUGGGCAAAUGUGUUAAAUUGGUUUCGAGCUAUUACGGCAUGGCAAUCUUGAUUAUUCUCGUCUCCUGUUUCCUACAUCUCUUGGCCACUGCAUAUUUCCUGCUAAUUGAACUCUUUAGCAAUAAGGAUAGCGGCUAUGUUUGGCUUCAAGUCAUGUGGAUUAUUUUCCAUGCCCUACGUUUGUUGGCUGUUGUGGAGCCCUGUCAUCGUUUAACGGUGGAGUCUACCCAAACCAUCCAUAUAAUUUGUGAAAUCGAGCGAACGAUUCAUGAUUCCAUCUUGGCCGAGGAGGUUAAAAAGUUUUGGCAACAGCUAUUGGUGUAUGAACCUCGAUUUUCAGCCUGUGGUCUGUGUAUGGUGGAUCGAAAUAUUUUAGCAGCGAUGUUCUCUGGUAUUGCCACAUAUCUGGUCAUUCUUAUUCAGUUUCAAAAAACGAAUGGUUAAUUCAAAAACUUUUUAUUUCAUAUCAAUACUAAUUUCUAACGCUUUUAUA